AUGAAUUUAAUAAAUCAGGUAUUGCUGCUUCAAAAGAAACAGCCACAUCGCAUUUUUACGGAAGAUGACUUGUAUUUUUUGAAGAGAAUAGCAGAGUCAUCCCCCCAACAAGAACUGCAGAAGAAAGCGUUUGUUGGAAACGAGACCCAUGCGCUACUAAGUCAAAUAAUCGCUGGAAAAGACAUAAAAGGAAAGCCUAAGUUUGAGCCGUUCAUUUCCGGAUACAAAUUAUGGAGAAAGGCAAACAAUAUCGAUAUUUACUUCACAGACGUUUUUGUAAAAAGCGAGAAGUACGGUUUUUGCGGGUUUAUCGAUGCGGUUGGAACCCAGGAAGACGGCAAACUCUUUAUAUUGGAUUUUAAGUCUGGGAGUGGCAUCUAUGAUUCUUAUGCCAUUCAAAUUGCAGCGUAUUGCAAAGCGUUCGAAGAAUACUACGAUGCAGUGAGAGUGCCCAAUUUCGAUUUCAGCGAGUUACAGAUAUCGACACUUGCUUUUCUUACUUUCUCCAUUGUAAAGAAUUGUACAAGUUAG